AUGUCUUAUGAAGAGAACUUUGUCGGAAUCCCUCCGUUCCCAGAUGAUGUUCUUUGCACGCCGCUUCUGCGUCUCUCGAUGGAAAAGCUCAUAGCCCAUGACGAGACUGAAGUGCAACGUUUUUAUACCGCAUGCAAGGACUUGGGGUUCUUCUAUCUGGACCUACGCGGCCACGAAAUCCUCGAAGAUGCCAAUCAGCUCUUUAGCACCGGAGAGCAGCUGUUUGAGCUAGACCUCGACGAGAAACGACGGUAUGAUUUUAGCAAAGAAAAUUCAUACUUCGGAUAUAAAGAAAUUGGCGCCACGGUCGUUGAUUCGCAAGGGAAUUCUGAUAGGAAUGAAUUCUAUAAUGUAUCCUUGCCCCUUCAGAAAAGCCGGUCACCCGGACUUGCAAGUGUCAAGAUACCUGGCGUACUGGAAAAUUUCAGAUAUAUGACAAUGCUAGCCGCCAAGGUUUCCAAAGACGAUAUUCUUGGAAUCUCAGAAACGCUACCAGCACCUGACCUCCUCAAAGAAUGUCGAUCACUUUUCAAAUCAUUCAUAAUCAAUGCGCACAACAUCGCAACCAUGAUCCUGAACCUUCUGAAUGACAGUCUCCACCUUUCCCCAUCUACCUUAGCCAACAUGCAUCGCCUCCACGCUAUCAGCGGCGACCAGGUACGAAUAAUUAAGGCACCACCGCAGCCGCCAGACGACAGGCGCACGUCGCUAGGUCAACAUACAGAUUUCGGCAGUGUAACCGUCCUCUUCAACCGAGUGGGUGGCCUACAAAUCCUGCCACCAGGCCAGGACGCGGAGUGGUGUUACGCGCGGCCCCUGCCGGGCCAUGCGAUCAUAAAUUUAGGCGAUGCCAUGGUUAAAUUCACGAACGGACUUUUACGCUCUAACAUUCAUAGGGUCGUGUCUCCCCCCGGUGCACAGGCUGAGACUACCAGAUACAGCCUGGUGUACUUUGCACGACCAGAAGAUGAUGUCAUUCUCAAGCGGCUGGAGGGAAGUGAUUGUAUCCCGCCACUUACACUGCGAGACGAGGCCGGGGCGGUGGUGGAGGAAGAGGAGAUCAGGAGCAAAGAUUGGAUUAUUCGUCGUGCGUUAGGGAAUCGGCGGGCGCUGCAUAAGGAGAUUGAUUAUGCACAGAGUAUGGGCACGGAGACGAUGAGUCGGAGAAUAUAUGGCUAA